AUGCUUUUUUUCAACCUUCCACUCCUUCUGAGAUAUUGCCUCAUCUUUUCAAACGGCGCAUCGUCCCAUCUACUACCGCGAGCGGGCGAUGAUCCUGGGGGACAUCAAUGGUUGGGUCAUGACAAAGUCCCAGCCCUCACCCAGAACGCCUCCCCCGGCCUGGAAGGCCAGCUCGAACUUCGAUUCAACCCCAGUCUCUACAUCUCAGGAGGAUGCGACAUCUAUCCCGCGGUCGACGCCAGUGGAAGUCUCGGCGCCGGCCUAAAGCCAACCGGCGGCGGACGAAGCGGCUGCGACAAAGGCGGCAACGGCCAGGUCUACGCCCGCCGCGGGACCAGCCAGGACCGCACCGGCAUCAUGUACAGCUACUACGUCCCCAAAGUGCGCUGGGGCAAGGGCAACGACGAGGGCCACCGCCACUACUGGGCCAGCAUCGUCGUCUGGAUCAACCGCUGGGGCUGCGACGCCGAGGACGUCCCGUCCGUCUGGCCCGUCGGGCUCUCCUUCACGGCGGACCACGCGACGUGGCAGACGGCCAGCGCGGGGGUGACGACCUACGAGGCGUCGGGCGUCGGGCUCGACACGCCGACGCGGCCGCGGAUGCAGAUCCACGAUAAUGCCAUCACCCCGUUCGGGAACGGUGACGCGUCCAAGGCGUUUGGGCGCACGCUGGUGGGAUGGGACUCGUUGCCGGCGGCGGCGCAGAAGGCGUUGGGGGAUGUGAAGUACGAGCAUACGGAGGUCCCGUUUAUUGAUGCCAAUUUCCAGAAGUACAUGGAUGCGGCGUACCGCGAGAGCUUCUACGGAGGUCUGAAAGAAGAUCAGGGUUGCGAUGGUGGAGGGAAGACGCCUACGACGGAGGCACCGAGCUCGACGACUACGGCGCCUGCGAUUGACGAUCCGCUAAGGUGA